UAGCAUUGCAGUUUUACAAAUUAUUUACCGUUGUGAACUACGUGAUAUAGACGGAAUUGCAAUAUGUCUGAUACGGAUUUAUUGCUUCGCGAUUUACUGGAAAUGUGUUCGCCCGAAUACAAUAUGCCUGAGUUGAGCGACCGAGUGCUGGUGUUUGAUGUUAUGCAAGACGGCUGGGAAACGGCCAGCUUCCCUAAAGAUGAUUCAGCAAUCGAGGAAAAUGAAACUAAGAGAAGCAAACAGAAAAUCAAGAGCCCUUUGCAACAUAACGACCAGGAAGCACCCACAGGUCACCGGCAGAAUACCGAGACGAAACAAAUUUUAGAAUCUUCGAUUUUAGAACCUCUCCGUCAGCAUAAGUUACAUGUUCACAGCUUCUGGCUCGCUAUCCAGAGUGCAUACUUCCGGUCGCUGUUUUGCUCGAGUGGUAUGAAAGAAAGUCGAGAGAAAGAGGUUCAUAUGAAGAUCUCAGAGUCCGAAGAAAAUGCAUAUCUCAUUCUCCUCGAAGCUUUGUACCGCAAUGACGUGCUUAACGAUAAGUCGGUUGACGAAUUGCUUGGCGUCAUAGAGUUGGCUCACAAGUACAACUUGGAAUUUGUCUUCAAGCAAUGCAAACAUCUGCUUCAGACGAGCGUCACUACCUUUGACGUAAGCACAAAAGUAAUGGACGUGAUCAAGGUAAAGCACAACAUGAACGAUGUCGAGGACGUAUUAUCGACUCUACUUCCGGUCCUUGUUGAAGAAUUUAGUCCUCUCGAUGAGAACUGGCAUUCAAAGAAAUUCACCAAUCUGUCAGAAGCUUGUCUGAAAUAUAUCCUGAGCAGUGAUGACUUGGUUGUGCAAUCAGAAAACACCGUAUUCCAUGCCUUGAUGUACUGGAUGGAGACAAACGAAGUAGAUCCUGCUCGUUUGGAGUCCCCCGAAGACCUCCUGGCUGUGGUGCGAUUUAAACUGGUCACAAUUGACUACCUUUACAACGUGAUCAAAAACCACCCGAUUGCAACACAGAUGCGCAACUUCAGCGAGUACUACCACGGUGGUUUAACCUACCAUGCACUACCUCCGGAGCAAAAGAAACUGUUCGAAAGUAGACCGGUACCCAGGAAGACUACUAAAGGAUUAAUUGUCCAGUACAAAUUCGUUGUUACGGAAGAGGAUUAUAAUACUGCUCUAGCAAAUGGCAGCGAGUUAAACUCCGGGACGUUUUGGGCCUGUGGAUAUGAGAUAAGUGUUGGUGUCAACCCUUCGUCCAAUGAUUAUCCUUAUUUGAUUGUUUACAACUUAAUGAAGGAAAGUUAUGUCCCACUCAAAUUUGCAUUUUGUAAAGAGGCGGAAGGGGGCAUCUCUUGGAAAGAAAAAACUUUUAGUAUGAAUUCAUGCAGGGAGAACUACCGAAGUAAUUUUCAACGAUCAUUUUUCAGUAAUGGGUGUAGCGUAUUGUAUGUUGCAGUAGGACCCGCUGAAAGGCGUUAAACAGGCGUUGAAUGCAAAAUGUAAUACUAGUGUAAACCAUAUCACCAUAUCCAACAUUCUACCUCAUAAGAACAACUGGAGUCUGCAUGGAAAGUUCUGCAUGAGAAUUUGAGUGAAAUUAUAUAUUAAUGUAUAUUAAUGUUUAUGUAGAAUGCGGUAAUUGAUGUAACUGUUGCGUUUCCUUGCCAGUUGAUCGUGUCAUUUAUCUGUAUGUUGAAUUGUGUCUGGCAAAGUUAUUAGGAUAGCUAAUGUACAGAACUUGCUUUAUGUGUGAAACUAAAUA